AUGCGAUCACGAACCGGAUGUCUCACUUGCCGUCAGCGGAAGCUGAAGUGUGAUGAAAAGAAACCUGUGUGUGGGCAGUGCACCAAAGCCUCAAGAGAAUGCAUUCCCAGCUCAGGUAUCGUCUUCCGCCACCAGCACAAUGCCUCCAUGAACGGAGAAGACUCAGGGGAUGAGAACUCCCUGAAAGGCUUCUACGCGUACAAAAACACAUUUGACGAGGAUGCCAUCUGGAUGGACAUUCCUAAGCAUGUAACCUUCAUCAACACCACCAACCCAUACCUUGAUCCUGGCACACCCGACUUCGACAACAUGUCGACAGCGUCGAUGGAGUCGCCGGGACCAUUCGAGACUCGCUCUUUGCCUUCGUGGCGCACUCACAGCAACUUUCAUUCAGUUACCAGCACACCUUCCAGCAUGGGGCCAGAUCUGGCUCCGACCAGCGUUCCUUUCUGUUACACACCUGACCUCGAAGCCUUACCACCACUGAUGCAGUCACCACCAGCCUCAGUUGUAGGAACGCCCCUUUCUCCACCUCUUUCAUUAUGCAACCGACGCAUACAUCCCGUGAUGGACUUUACUGCCUCGACAGCCUCGCCGCCAAUAGACCCCCGUCUCAACUCACCAUACGACUCCGCCGACCACAUGCACCGCUCCGUUUCGAUAGCAAGCUCAAGACGCUCACCACCUCGAUCCGAUAGCGGUGUCUCUAUCGUUCAAGACGAUCACGAAAUUGCUUUCCUGCUCCGGUGGUUUUCAGAAGGUCCUGGCUACUGGAUGGAUUUGUACGACCUCGGCACAUACUUCGCGUCUUACGUUCCUGUACAGGCACGUGAGAACCCACUGCUCAAGUACGCAGCUGUUGCUUGUGCAGCGAAGUCUCUUGCACGUGUUCAAGGCCGCAAACCCGUCAUGGGAGGUAGCGUAACGCGUCAAGCUCGCAUGGAACAGUACCCCGAGGCAUCAAUGGUGGAUUGGAAGCACAAGGCGGCAGUAUACUACGAUACAGCUGUAUCACUACUGCUUCAUGCUCUCAAGAUGGAUGUCGCCUCCUCUCCCGACGAGUCAGAAUGCGAACUAAGAAAUACCAACUCGGCCUACGAUGGACCAGCACCCAAGCGACGACGGACAUCAAGCAACACCUCGUUUGUAUCCAACACCGACGAACUACUAGCAGCAUCGGCCAUUCUUUGUGUCUACGAGUUCUUAGAUACUUCCGUCUCAGACUGGACAAAACAUCUGAAUGGUGCCAAGUCUCUGCUCGUGCUUUCACAAGAGCACGUUAUGCCAUUACAACUACCAACACCCACAUCUUCGGUACCAUCCGCAAGCUUCAACUUUGCUUCCAAGGCUCGACGAGCAACCUUUUGGAACAUUGCCAGACAGGAUAUGCUCGCAGCCUUUAUCAACAAGACUAAUACACGACUGGACACCGAGGACCUCUCAUUAUGGAGAGAAGCUGGCCUCAAGAUCGAUGAUCAAGGCUACAUCAUGCCUAGUAAUACGACAGUAUGUGGUUUCCCGGAAGAUAACGACGUGAUGAGGGAAGACCUCAUCUGCAAUGCCCUUGUCUGGCUCAUGGCCAAGCUAGUCAACUUCAUGGCUGCAGGCGACGAAGUUUCUAAUGAAGCCGGCAUGGCAUGGGCAGGCGUCCCUCAGCGCACCCUCCUGGAUUACUGGUUCGGUCUACGAAAACAGUUCCAGGUCUGGCAUGAUGGCCUCCCGGUCACAUUCAAACCUUCCGCCAGGGUACCUUCGCAAGCAUCCGGGCCGAUGUCCAGCAACGAUAACGUGUCCAUGUUCACAGAGGUCUGGUACUCUAUACCCAUGUGCGCCUCCACCAUGCAGACAUACCACAUGUCACAAAUUCUCUUGUUCAUGAACAAGCCACACGAGUCCACCCAGGGGCGCAGCACUGUCGUCGCCCGCAUGAACUCUUACCAGUCGGUUCUGGCCACCUGCCAGAAGCACAGCCGCGAAAUUGUUGGCAUUUCGCUGGCUCGGUCUGACGAAGCGGUCCGGAUCCACUCCGUGCAACCCCUGUUCACUGCUGGCCAGUGCCUCAGUGACGCACGAGAACGCCAAGUCGUUUUACAUCUUCUACGUGACAUUGAGUCCGAUAUUGGUUGGGCCACAGACUACCGCGUGCGCCAGCUGUUCGAGCAGUGGCAAGGAGAAGAAUCAGAGGGUCUGGUACCAUGA